GUAAGGGCUGGUCACCAGGGACGCAUCCAAGGGCAACCCAGGGGGAGGGGGCAGCCUGUGAUCCCCACGGGCAGGGGAUCAUCACUCUUGCAUGGGGAAGACCUUGAACAAUUUUCUAAAGUUUCUCCGAAGAUACCAUUUGGAAGGGGCUCAGGUCAAAGGGGCAGGGUCAAAAUUCUAGUGGGGUCUAUGAGGUCAAGAACAGGUCGACUGAGGACACCAACAAAGAAGUACAGCAGUGAAAGUGAUGAGAAUAAAGGCAGGUCUGAAGUAGAAAGUUUAUCAACACCAGACACAAGGCAGCAAAAAUCCACAGCAACUGAAACAGACGAGAAGCUCAAUUUGGAUGGAGAGAUAGAAGGAAAGACGGAAAAAACAGACAAUGUGGUUGGAAGUUCUGGAGCUACCCCUGUGAGAAAGAGGAGAGGUAGACCACCUGGGAAGAAAAACAAGAAGACUUUGGAGAGAGAGGAGGAAAAAAGGAAGAAAAGAAGUAGAGUCUCCUCUGAUAAUAGUGAUGCAGAAAUGCCUCAUGAAGAAGGGAGCAGAGAAGAAGGAGGGAUAGAGAAAAUGACAGGAGGAGAAGAGAAAAUCUCCAGGAAACGCCCGAGACUCAGAACAGGGUCAUCAAGCGUGACACCUAGACCUACCAGGCAAUGUCGGAGGAGAGUUCGGGAACCAUCGCCUGAUGAUGAUGAUGAGUCAGAUAAAGAAAUGGAGAAGGAAGCUAUGGGGAAGGUUGGAGAAGAUGAAAAAGAAGCAGCUGUUAUGAACACAUGGAGACAAGAAGUUGAAGGGAAGGGUCAGUGUGUCUGUUCAAAGUGCGGCUGUCACAGGAAAAAUGUCACAUCUAUGUGGAGGCACUACAACAGCUGCAAAGGCAAGGUACAGACAGCCCAGCAGCUGCAGUGUAGCCAGUGUGAUGCCAGGUUCACCACUACAGGUGCACUGAAGUAUCAUCUCAUCAGUGUCCACUCUACCUCACCUGUUCAGGAAGAACCACUUAAUGAAAGAGCCAGACUGAGGUUCAUCUUGAAGAAACUGGGAAAACUGCAGUGCAAGAACGAGGGUUGUUCGUCUAGCUAUACGACCGUAUAUGGGUAUGAGUACCACGUAAGGCGCUGUGGAAAGUCUGAAAACGAGCGUGAAGUUUUCCCGUGUGACCAGUGCGAGAAAACGUACCAGAGUGCCCUUGGGCUCCGAUUGCACCAGCGUACCAUCCACGCCCCGACCCCAGAACCUGACACCGUGGUCGGGGGAAUGGACAGUCCCGCGGGGGAGUCUGGAGAAGGUGGGGUGACGCCUGGGAAAUCUAAACGGCGAGCGGCUGCCAGAGCCCUUCUCCAUCUCCAGGAGAUUGUGGAUGGGGAAGAAAGGGUAACAAAGUCUUGGGAGCGACAGAAGGAGAGAAGUCUGAAGCCCCUGUACUCAACUCCUGAACUGAACAUCACGCCUCAGCAGAUUCAAAAAUGGACCAGAGAUAUCAAGGAUGUGGGCAGUGUGGACUGCCCGUAUGAAGACUGCCCUAAAACCUACACCAGUCUGAUCGGGCUGAAGGCGCACCUUACCCAGUGUGACAAGAGACCGGAAGGAGUUGGCGGCAUGUUUAAGUGCCUGCAGUGUCCGCGUGAGUUCCGUACCCAAUCAGGAGUGGAGUAUCACCUGAGGAGGGAACACAAGGACUCCAUCGUGGGGCUGAAUGACAGUGGUUCUGAGGAUGAGUACGCAGUGCCGGAUCAAGCUGACUCCACCAGUGAUGACUCCCUCAGUGAUGGGAGUGAAGAUGAAGAUGACGGCAGACCGCACUCCGCAGCUCGGCGUACGCACCACAAGUUAAAACGACACGUCAGAUACCAGCCACUCAGCCAGGCACAGGAUUGGACUGACACAUGGAGAGAGCUGCAUGACAUCCAGGAAGUGUUUCCUGACAGGAGACCACACAAGGACCAGUUCUGUCAGCUCACAGGGGCUGUUAUACAUCAGUACAUCCCAACAACCACUCACUCCCUGCCAGUCACUGUACAGUCUGGGAAAAAGUCCAAGAAGUCACAGACAGAAACUAUCGCUUUAUUCGAAUCACUAUCGACACAUAACAAUGAGCGGAGUGUUACGUUCUUUGUGGGGGGUCCGAUAUGGGGAGCGGAGUGGUGUCCGACAGCGGGACCGCACGCAGCACAAUAUGCUGUGAUCAGCUGCCAUCGUUGUAUGGAUGCAAGACAUGAAAUCGACAAGGUCUCCAAGGAACCAGGGAUGAUUCAGUUAUGGUGUCUGGGGGAUCUGGAAAACUGCAGUGCCAAGGACAUGCCUUAUUUGUCCCUGGGAAUGGCCCACAAGUUUGGGACAGUUUGGGACAUGAAGUGGUGUCCGACUGGUGCCUGGGAUCCCCCACAGUGGAACCCCCCUGCAGCGCAGAACCCCCCUGCAGUACAGAACCCCCCUGCAGUACAGACCCCCCCAGGAGUACUGCCCAGACUUGGCCUGUUGGCUGUGGCCUGUUCAGAUGGAGGAGUUCGAGUCAUCAGUAUCCCUCAUCCAGAAGCACUGCAGCCAAUCAGAGAGAAGCAGGCUGUUUCCCAUCAUGCCUUACACCACAUGUACCUUGUGGAACCAGCGUUCCAACUGGUCCUCAACGCAUCUGGUCUCCAUGGCAACCAACCUUAUAGUGAGCAUGGCCAGUGUUUUACAGUUGUUUGGCAACCAGAUGAAGGGCACCGGCGAUUGGCUGCUGGAUUUUAUGAUGGAACAGUUGGUAUGUGGGACCUCCAAUCUCAGUCCCCACUCCUGAGAGUGUCCCCUCCGACCACCCCUGCGGUCCCUCCUGUUAUACUGAAGACCUACCUCAUGUUCAUCGCUCACGACUGGGUCGUUACCUCUGUUGUCUGGAGUCAGAACAACUCCAGGUUUAUUGCUACAGGAAGUCUGGAUAGGCAUAUCAAGUUCUGGGACACCCAGGCGCCCAUCUCACCCAUCCAGCAGUCCAAGUGGUCAGCUGUCCGCACGCUGGCCUGGCCACUGCACUUCCCAGGUGUGUUUGCAGCUGUGGACUGCAGCUGUUACUCCCGCUCCAACAUGAGGAGUGUCCACUUCUUCUUUGCAAAUGGCCAGGAUGUUAAGAACAGUACCCUGCCCAUCACCCCUCACAGCGCCACGACUUGGAGUGUUUCCUACAACCCCUGGAGGAACUGUGUGGUGAGUGCUGACUGUGCAGGAGAGGUGGUGGGGACAGUCUGCCCCAUACUGGACCCACACACGGACAGGUCCUUCUUCAGAUUUCCUGUCUACACGGUUAACCUCCGACCCUAUAAGGUUCACGACCCCAUGAAGACCUCUGACCCCAAGUGUGUGCCUCAGACAAAGACAACAAGUAAACAACACACUGUUACUGAAAGGAAGAAAGCAGCAAGUCAUAUUCAACCAAUCAGAGACCAGGGAAAUUCUGUCCUAACCAAUCAGAACCCUUCUGUAUUAAGUGAUUUAGGCAAGUUUGAUAAUAAAGCUCAGAACAGAAGUUUAAAUCCCGAGGGAGGACAGAACGGGUGCACGUUACAGCAAGCACAAACUGGGGCUAGUUUGGACGUGCAGGCAUCCUGCAGAGAUGGUCUACCUCAUCACACUAGUGCCUUAUCACUGCAGCCACAGGAGCCAAGCACGUCACGUAGUCAUGACCAGGAAGAUUCCAAUCCCACUAACCUGGAACCUGUGGUACAUCAGGACCAACAGCAAGGUCAGAAGUCAGAAACACCGGUAGGAGAUCACCCGUUCGUAGAAGAUGACUGGACUGUGCCACUGUCGGGGUGUAGCGACCAGGACUACAGCAGAACAGAGAGCGAAUCAGACGGCCAGACCCGACAUGUCACGGACACCUCUUGUAACUCUGCCAGUGUGCAAUCCCACGGUGCAUCAGAAAACACUUCCCACAAUGCCAGCAGAACAGAGAGUGAAUCAGGCGGCCAGACCCGACAUGUCACGGACACCUCUUGUAACUCUGCCAGCAUGCAAUCCCAUGGUCCAUCAGGAGACACUUCCCACAAUGCCAGCAGAACAGAGAGCGAAUCAGACGGCCAGACCCGACAUGUCACGGACACCUCUUGUAACUCUGCCAGUGUGCUAUCCCAUGGUCCAUCAGGAGACACUUCCCACAAUGCCAGCUCUCACCAAUGGCACCGCUAUGUCUGACCAAUCACAGGGUUCCAUCUGCCAGAAAUCCAACUCACAGGACGACAGCAUUUCUCUAGGGGACCUGGCAGCAGGAGCUGGGAAACAAACUAAGGAGACAAGACUGCAAAAUUACUCCGACCUUGUUGGGAAAUAUGAACUGGUGUUUAAGGACACUGACCUGAGCUGUCUUGAAGAGAACAGCAGUAACCCAGAGUUCAUCAGGCUGCGUAAGCUGGACACUAUGAAGGACAGCAGACCUGACAGCACUACUGUGGAGGCUGUACACAAGGUUGCCUGGAACCCAAACCCUGGAUGCCAUAUAUGGCUGUUGUCAGCAGGGCAGGCUGGGAUAGCUCGGGUGCACUGCAUCAAGGGGCUACUGAAGACUUCCAGUAAGAGAUGACAGAGGCUGGACGGAUUGGAGAAAAUGGUGUCUACUAGGGGUGGGGAUCAGUACACUGUACUGGUACAAAAUUGGGUUUUCUUAUUGGAAAAACUGGACCUGAAAAAAAUCAUUGGACCGGAUGUUGAGCCUAUUGGAAAAUUAAAGAUUAUCUGAUGAGGCAUUCACACGUUUUUGGGCUUAUGGUCAAAGAAAAUAACGAGCAAGGUAAUAGAGUUUAUAGUUCUGUCUACCAGGUUUUACAGUCAAUCUUACAGAGGCAGUUAGCCUUGUAAGAUUUUAAAACGCUAGUGGAAUACUCCACCAAACAUAAUUCUAAGUUUUUACAUACUGAAUCAGGUUUAUGUCUGGACCUGGACCUGAUCCUCUGGACCUGAACCAGACCUGGACCUGAAUUUUCUGUACCGGUACCCACCCCUAGUUUCUACUCAAACCUGAAGUGCACAUAUCUUACAUUGCUGCAAGAAUCUCCGCACUUACAUUUUAGCAUACUUCCAUCACCAAUGUUUCUCUGUAUUGUACCCGCACACCUUGGAAAUAAUCAUAUUUUCAAGGUGACAAAGUGCUAUACUUAUGGGUGUGUUUUAUGCAACAGUUGUACUCUGAAUCUGUACUGCAAAUAUCUAUGGAUUUAGAAACUGUGAUAGAGAUUGUUUAUGUGUCAUAGGCACAGGAAGAAUAAAUGGAGGCAGAAGCUGUA